UCCCCGAUAGCUGUGGGUGACAAAAGCUGUCAGGAGAAAGUUCACAAAUUUCCUGGACAUUUCCAUUGGUUUACAUUUUCAGCCGCUUAACUUUUUCUGUCAUCUUCUAAUAUGAAUAUUAAAUAAAAAUAUAAAUCAAAGCAACUGCAAAAUCAGUGAACAAUUCUAAGCCCGGGAAAGUCCGUGGCUGUAAUUAUUUCCAAGGCGUUGAAGUGUGAACAAAGGAAAAGUGUGUGCGGAAGAAGAAAAGUCCAAAAAUCAAUAAGCGUAUAAAAUUUGUAAACACGACAAGCCCUCGACCAGCCUCUCUGGAUCUCUCUCUUUCCCCGGGUAACCACCCCCUCUCAAUACCCAUUCCACCGGUGAACUGUGACCGCCAGCUGCCCAAAAAGUAAAAAAAAAGAAAUAAAAGAAAGGCUUGGGGCGUAAACAUAAAACCACAAAAAAUAACCAUUAACCGUCACAAUGAUGGCCAUUUGCGUGCUGUUACUGACGAUGAUGAUCGCUGGAGCAGCGGCCACCGCAGAGCAGGUGGAGUACCUGGAUACCCAUCCGCGGCAAUCGAUGCCAGCGGAUUACGAUCACCGAUUGAGCAAGCGCAUGGAUCUGGAGGUGUGCAUAGGCCACUUUGAUGUCCACAAAAACACCAUAAUUCGCACUGGAGAAUCCCAGGCUAUUGGCGGAAAGUAUCUCCAGGGCCUCGAGCUGGACACCAUUGAGGAGUGCGAGCGUCUCUGCUGUGAGACGGAUGCUUGCGAUGUGUACAUCUUCGAGCGAAAGACCGGCGGCUACUGCUAUCUCUUCGAGUGCGGUCCGCCCGAGAACUUCCACUGCAAGUUUACGCGGCACUCCAACUACACGAGCUCCGUGUUGACCCCGCAGGCACGGCAGACCAGCGAACUGGCCAGCACUCCGCGACCACAGCUGCCGCACAUACCCAGUAACAACAUUUCGCAGCAAGAGUGGGAGCUAAGCAACCUCAAGCUAAAGCCGGAAGCGAGGGACAAGCCCUCGGUGGCCUCGCCAGCGGUGGCUCCCACCGGCUCGGGGGGAUCUGGAACUGGAGUGGGUGUGGCCCAAGCCCAAGCAGUUAACCCAGUUCAAAGUGUUCCCAUUGCGCAUUGUAGCCGCUUCCAGUUCACCUGCCACUCCGGUGAGUGCAUUGCAGUGUACAACGCCUGCGAUGGCAUUCCCCAGUGCGAAGAUGGCAGCGAUGAGGGACCGGAAUGCGAUGCCGUAUCAUCGAGUGCCACGAAAUCGAGUGGCAGCAGCAGCAGCAGCGUGGAGCCCGUGAAGCCAAUGGUGCAGCAAUAUCUACCUGUGCAGCAGCAAUUACAGGUAGCCGCUCAGCAGCAGCAGCAACAACAACAGCAGCAGCAGCCACAACAUGUCAUUGUUCUGGGGCCACCUCCUCCGCCGCCACCACCACCGCCCAUGGUCAACAAUCGCGAAGAUGCCGCUGCUUGGGCAAACCGCAAGAUGAUUACCGAGGGGCAGCAACAACAGCCGCAACAGCAACAGGGAGGAAGCAUAGCCACAGAUGAGCAGAGCCAUAUCUUCAGUCACAAAGGCCUCCAGUUACAGCCACCGUCGGCGAGUGCCCAGGUUCAGGGGCAGCAGGCACAGGGAGGUGCAGCAAUUGUCCAGCAAGUUCAGGGACAAUCAACACCGCUCCAAGUGUCUGCCUAUGACAGCAAUCAAGCCAUGUACGGGAUGUCGCUGCCACGCUCCGGAAUGUAUGUUUCCCAGCAGCAGCAGCAGCCACUCCAGAAUCCCCAGCAGCAGCUCCAGGCAGCUUCCUCUGGCCAACAAAUGUCUCCAAAUGUGGUGUGGCCCCAACAGCAGCAGCAGCCACAGUUGCCGGUGCAGCAGCAACCACAACAGCAACUGAGUCAGGUCUAUGCUGCAGCUGCUCCAGCUCCGCCAGUUCAGCACCAAACGGCGGCAAUGCUGCCAGUCCUGAAUGCUGCACCGGCUCAGGGCAAAAACCAGGCUCCCUCUGCUGAUGGGGAUUACGAGGAUUACGACGAGGAAACCUACACAGAGGCCCCAAAAAAGAAGCAACACAAGCACAAGAAGGUCAAAGUCAAAACGGCCAAGGAUCCCAUCGAACUGGCCUUGGAGCAGAAUAAGCAACAGCAGGAGACGGCAGCGGGUGCAUCACUGUCAUCGGCAACUCUGCUUGUUCCCGUUUCUGCCGUACACGAGCAGUACAAGAUGAUACACGAGAAUCUGGCAAUGGAGUUCCGGGACCACGACGGCCAUUCGGAGCGUCCUGGCGGAGCUGUGCUCUCGCUGACUCUAGGCCUGUUGGUCACUGCCGCCUUGGCCAUUCUCAUUGGAUGCCGAAUGCGCACGGUUAGCCGGAGGGCACGGCGUUUGGGCGGCAAGACGCCCUACUCUCAGGAGGCCGACUUCCUGGUCAAUGGCAUGUAUCUCUAAGGGAGGACAUUCGUCGGUGUCGGGAACAGGGGGGUUGGCCAAGAUUUUUGUUGUUCCACAAGCAGCGAUGGGAAUCGUAAAUAUUAUAAUUAUUUAUGAUGUAAUAAAUGUAAUAAGAAACAUAUUUUAUAUAAACAAUGAUA